AGUGGAAUUAUUUUUUACCAACGAAGAAGAGAUCAACUUCCACAUCCGGUAACAAGGGCCCCUCUACAAAAAAGGCGCAGACUGACCUGGAAAAGCUUGGCCGGCCCGGCCAUCGGAGGCAACUUAUUACUUGUGACAAAACCGCGAAAACAGUUUGAAGAUGAAAGGAUGUUCAUCUCUUUACAUAGGAGGAUACUGUAUUUACUGAUGGAUCAUUAUGGAUAAACUCCAAAGGCCAUCCAAUUAGUAGACAGAGCAAUGGCUAACUUACCAUGAAGAUACCCAAAAAACGACGACUGAACCUGUAACAUCCUUUUGAGGAGACAUUGUAGUAUAUUAACAUGCCUACCCUGGCUUCUGUACCUAAAGAUCUCUACCUCUGCACAUCGUUGAAAGAUCUGAACAAAAAGACAGAAAUAAAGGCAGAGAAAACAAGUACUAAAAAUUACGUGCAGAGCGCUGUUAAGAUCUUCAAGGCAGCCGAGGAAUGCCGGUUGGACAGAGAUGAAGAGAAGGCCUAUGUACUUUACAUGAAAUAUAUAACUGUAUAUAAUCUUAUUAAAAAGAGGCCUGACUUCAAACAGCAGCAAGAUUACUUUCAUUCAUUACUUGGACUAACAAAUAUCAAAAAGGCCCUUGAAGAGGCCGAACGACUUUCAGACAGUCUUAAGCUCAGGUAUGAAGAAGCAGAAGUGCGAAAGAAACUGGAGGAGAAGGAAAGGCAAGAGGAACAGCAGCUGAAAAAGCAAGAAUUGAAAGACGAUGUUAAAACCUCUUCAGAAAUUUCAUCAGAUCCCAAAGGAAAAAAUCAGCUGAUCAAUGGAGACAAGAAAAAUUUGGCAGACAAAAAGGAUUCUUCUGAGAAUGGAACAGUCACAGCUGAGAAGCUGUUUACAAUGAUGAUGGAUAAAAGCACCAAGGUUAUGGUCAUGGAUGCCCGGUGCUUAAAGGAUUACAAGGAAUCCUGCAUUAUAAAUUCUGUUUGUGUUCCAGAAGAAGCUAUCAGUCCUGGAGUCACUGCUAACUGGAUUGAAGCUAAACUGCCAGAUGCUUCUAAAGAGCCAUGGAAAGAGAGGGGCCAAGUUGAUUAUGUUGUCUUGCUUGACUGGUUUAGUACAGCAAAGGACUUAAAGUUAGGAACAACUUUACGAAGCCUCAAAGAUGCACUUUUCAAGUGGGAAAGUAAAGCCGUGCUACAGAACGAGCCUUUGGUCUUAGAUGGAGGUUAUGAAAACUGGCUGCUUUGCUAUCCUCAGUAUACAACCAAUGCCAAAGUGACUUUGCCCCAACGUGGCCAGAAGGAAACCGUUUCUGUGUCUUUGGACUUUACUUAUCCAUCAUUGGAAGAGCCAGUUCCAGCUCCCCUGCCUGUUGUCUAUGUCAAACCAUCUGUGGUAGAAGUGACUGAAAAAUCAGAUACUACAGAUGAGCAGGAGAAGAAAACAGAGGUACUUAGAUCGCUAAUUCCUAGUGGAACAAUUGCUGCUGCUCCUACAGGUAUUCUCAGCCAGCCAUUGCCUGCCAUGAAGAUUAUUCCUCAGGUGGAUCGUACAAAAAAACCUUCCACAAAAAUUCCAGAUGACCAUAAGGCAAAGGCUGAAAGUCCGGCGGUUGGUAAGCAGCUAGAUUCCAGUGGGAAACUGGUUCCAGAUCGUUCCACGAAGCCAUCGCUGGAUGCAAAGCCCAACCUGACGGACGAAGAGAGAAGCCCAGGGCCCUUGAGAAAGGCUGCUCUGUUGGAGAAAAACGAGCAAGAAGAAGAAGGGCAAGAAGAGCAGAGGGAGGUCGAAAGACAGGAAAGGGUGGAACCGAGGGCCAGGGAGGAUCGUGGAGACUGGGAAGGCAGAGGACAUCUCCAGAGAUAUAAGGAAGAUCAAGAGAGGAAGGAGAAAGAAGAGCAGCCCAGUAAAGGGGCUGAUAGAAAACAAGAUGUGGAGAAAGUUCCCAGAGAGUUAGCUGACGUGAAAAAGAAAAGUACAGCUGUGAAUGAAACCCCCGAAGUGAGGAAAGCUGACACUGACAAAAGUACUGCCAGCGAAAAGGAAAAAGUUAUCUGGACUCCAGAAAUCCAGAGGCGCAGAUUUGCAGAAGAAUCCCAAGGGCCUUUGAGGGGGGAUUCUGGCUUGAGCAAGUCCCAACGGGAACCAUUAACAAGAGCCCGGAGUGAGGAGAUGGGGAGGAUCAUCCCAGGAUUGCCUCAUGGUUGGGCCAAGUUUCUUGAUCCAGUCACUGGGACUUUUCGGUACUACCACUCACCCACCAAUUCAGUCCACAUGUAUCCGCCGGAAAUGACUCCAUCAGCCACUCCACCCACUACCCCACCGACUCAUAAGCCAAAGCCUCCAUCUACUGAUCUGCGGGACAGAGAACACUCCAAACUGAAACGCUCUUACUCUUCACCAGACAUAACUCAGGCUGUUCAAGAGGAAGAGAAGAAGAAAAUCCCCACUCCUACUGUUAAUCGUGAGAAUAAGCCAGUAUGCUAUCAAAAAACGGAAAUUUCCAGGCUUUCAGCAUCACAGAUCCGCCAUCUGAAUCCUGUGUUUGGGGGGAUGGGACCAGCUCUGACUGGCCUUCGUAAUUUGGGAAACACUUGCUAUAUGAAUUCUGUGCUCCAGUGCUUGUGCAACGCCCCACACCUGGCUGAUUAUUUCAAUAGGAACUACUAUCAAGAAGAUAUCAACCGAUCCAACUUCUUGGGGCACAAAGGCGAAGUGGCUGAAGAGUUUGGCAUUAUCAUGAAAGCUCUCUGGACAGGGCAGUACAGGUACAUCAGCCCCAAAGACUUCAAAAUCACCAUUGGGAAGAUUAACGAGCAGUUUGCUGGGUACAGUCAGCAAGAUUCUCAAGAGCUGCUUUUGUUUUUAAUGGAUGGCCUUCAUGAAGACUUAAAUAAAGCGGACAACCGAAAGCGCUAUAAAGAAGAAAAUAACGACCACCUGGAUGACUUAAAAGCAGCCGAUCUUGCCUGGCACAAGCACAAACAGCUCAACGAAUCUAUUAUCGUAGCACUCUUUCAAGGCCAGUUCAAAUCCACAGUGCAGUGUCUGACGUGUCACAGAAAGUCACGGACGUUUGAGGCUUUCAUGUAUUUAUCUUUGCCACUUGCCUCCACUAGUAAAUGCACCCUACAGGAAUGCCUUAGAUUAUUUUCCAAAGAAGAAAAACUGACGGAUAACAAUCGAUUUUAUUGCAGCCAUUGCAAAACUCGAAGAGAUUCCUUGAAAAAAAUAGAAAUAUGGAAGUUGCCACCUGUCCUUUUAGUACACUUGAAAAGAUUUUCAUACGAUGGACGGUGGAAGCAAAAGCUUCAAACAUCUGUCGAUUUCCCUUUGGAGAACCUUGACCUGUCACAAUAUGUCAUUGGCCCUAAAAGCAUUUUGAAGAGAUACAACCUGUUUUCAGUAUCUAACCAUUAUGGGGGGCUGGACGGCGGGCACUACACAGCUUAUUGCAAAAAUGCUGCAAAACAGCGAUGGUAUAAAUUUGAUGAUCACGAAGUCUCUGACAUCUCUGCAUCCUCCGUGAAAUCUUCAGCUGCUUAUAUUCUCUUUUAUACAUCUUAUGAACAACGGGCUGCAGAUAUAGCCACUUAAAGGAAUGACCGAAGAUACAUUGGCUGUUUUAUAAAUGCACCAACCGUUACUGAGCUAUGACAAAUAUAAAGUUGAGUAAAGAAGGCUGCAGCAGUUUCUUGUCCAAAAUGUAUUUUAGUGCUAUUGCUGAAAAUUAAAUUAACUCUGCUGCUUGAUAUUGAAUAAUAUGUUUCAAAUUGACUUAUUUGUAGCUACGCUUGAAAAUUAUAAAUCUUGCUUAGUCAUUUGAAAAGUAUUAAGAGAUGGAUUCAAGAUGUCCUAAAACUCAAAGCAUAUCUUUCUUUCCUCUUUCCCACAUUUAUGGCCUUUUCACACUAACCUUAAGCUUGAUUCUACUGUGAAUAUCUUAGAAUGAGAUAAGAUAGGAAUGUAUGUGUACAUACUGACUGCAGAAUUGCACAUCCAACAUGUAUAUAAUAAAUAACAAUCCUUUGACAAAAA